AAACAUACCAGACUCUUCAGACGAAUCACCAAGACGGAGAAGGGUUGGGAUUGAAAACUUAAACCACUAUAACAUAGCUAUAAAAGCUAGUUUACAAUUUAUCAAUCAACUAACAAAAACGGAAAUACAAAUUCAUCAUACACAUUAGAACGAAGAAACUGUACUGAGGUAUUCAGCAGACAUGAAGACUCUAUUACAAACAUUAUUAUGUUUCGUUUCCGUGGCGCAAUGCCUAUCACAAAUGGGCACAUACUCAGGCAGACGAAGAACAGUCGUGAAGAAACCAGUGGUUUUCGAUCAAAACCCGAUAUUUCAUCCCAAGCCUUUAGGUCCAAAACUGAAUCACCCAAAGCCAGUUGUUAAGCCUGAAGUGUUUGGAGUAGAGAACAGUGCAUUCGGUCAAGGGCGUCUUUGGGGAAACGGUGCUGAGCCGGAUUUCAAUAGGUUGCUGUCAGGUGGUAGCCAGUUUGGUCGCCCUCUCAGAUCAGGUGAAGGAAGUUUCAUGGGAGGCAGUUCUGAACUCGAGUUAAUUAGGGAGCUGCAAGGUAGCACCAAGUUUGGUCGUAUUCUCAGAGCAGGUGAAACCAUCGACGGAAUCUUACUUCCCGAACACGGGGGAACCUUGGAGGUAAGCGGCAUCACUGCUGAUGGUCGCGGUGCUGUCAUUCCAGGAGGUUUACCGAAAACUGUUUUUAACGAUGGAUGGCAGCAUCCCUGGGGCGGCAAUUCAAUCCCAUCUGAUUAUGCAGGACAGGAGCUUAUUUUGACCAGGCUCUUGGACAUUACGUUUACCCCCAAAAUGUAAAUGCUGGCCACCAGGUUACCAAGGAAACUCAUAACAUUCACAACAUGGUGAAGGCUUCCGUUGGAACUGGUAUCGGCGUUGAUCCAAUGUCGCACAACAUCGCCAAGUCUUCCGUUGGAAAUGGAAUCGGCGUCAAUCAUGCUUUCCAUACGUCUGCAAAGUCCACAAUGUCUGGACGUCAUAUAGGAGGAAUCGGUGUUGACCCUAUUACCCAUAACAUCGCUAAAUCGACCUCCAUCGGAACUGGUGGAAUAAAAGUAGACCCUGUCAAUCACAACAUCGCAAAGCAGAGCCAGUUUCAACAUAACACGGUUAAAUCAUCCAGCGGUAUCGGACACAUUGUCGCUGGUAAACCCAAUUAUGGUGUCGGAUUUUCUUCUGGUACUGUUCGUGUUGAUCACCAUGGACUCACUUCUCACAAUAUUGGAAAUAGUCACAAUCUUGCAAAGGCCGCCGGUGUGCCCACAGGCUCUGGUUUCAUGAACCCAGGAUCCCAUAUCAGCCGUAAAGCAGAAGCACAGGCGGGUCACGAUUUUGCAAAAGCCUCUGGCGUGCACAUAGGAAAUGGCUUCGUGAACCAAGGAUCCCAUAUCAGCCGUAAAGCAGAUGCACAGGCGGGUCACGAUUUUGCCAAGUCAGGUGGCAUGAAUCGAAUGAAUAUAUUUGGACAAACGUCAGGAUCAAACUUUGUUCACGAUAUGAAUAAGGCUCAGUCCGGUAUUGGUCAGCAGUUUGGUUUGGGACAUAUGAUAAGACCAGUUGGUGGCGCAUCAGUAGUGCACAACGUUAACAAGGUCGGAGCCGGUGGGGCUGCUGGUGUGGGACAUGAUAGGCUGGCUGCAGAAGUAGGACACGGACUUGCAAAGAAUUCAGUUGCUAAUGCUGCUGGGAUUGUUGACAUGGGAUCUGGAGGAGCGGUAUCUAUGGGAGAUCCCUUUGCAAAUCAGGCUGCGUCGCGACUUGCCCAGGAGUCACUUCACGUCGCCCAAAAGACGGUCGGCAUGGCUUCUAACGGAGGUGGUGCUUUCAUACAGCCUACUAUGCAUAAACCAGCAAUGCCAAAGAAGCCUGUUGUCUUCCCUACCGGAUACGGCGGUCGCCCUCGUCGUGUUCGUGGUCAUUAGAGAAUAUUAUUUAUUCAGUGAUGUGCAAUAUGGUUACGAAAUGGGCGAGGUACUUGAUCCAACCAGUUAUUGUGAUAUGUACAUGUAGCAUAUAUUUGAUUAUUUAUUGAACGUUAAAAUAAAAGACAUAAAAGUA